UCUCCACCUUCAUUUGGUCAGCACUCUCUUCAAUACGAAGAGAAAGGUAUGAAGAAAUCAGCAAGAAGAUUAGAGAACCAGACAGUAGCCUUUUUGCAAUGCAGUUCUCUCCCUUCUACUGGAGUAACACAGACAGAAGCCAUCAAAACUGAUCGACAGCAAGUGGAGGAAGAAGUCCAAAUUCAUACUGGAAAAAAAACAUAUUGUUGCCCUGAAUGUGGUAAGUCGAUCUCAACGAGAAGCCAUCUUCAGAGACACAGAAAAAUCCAUGCAGGAGAUAAACCUCAUUGCUGUCCAGAAUGUGGAAAGUCAUUCUCAAGAAAAAGCAGUCUUCAGAACCACAUAAGAAUUCACACAGGAGAAAAAUAUCAUUGUUCAAAAUGUGGUAAGUCUUUCCAAAGCAGAAGCCAUCUUCAGAACCACAGAGGAAGCCACAGAGGAGAAAAUCCUCAUUGUUGUCCAGAAUGUGGUAAAUCGUUCUCAUUUAUAAGCAAUCUUAAGAGGCACAGAAUAAUCCACACAGGAGAAAAACCUCAUUGCUGUCCAGAGUGUGGUAAGUCGUUCUCCUGGAAAAGCCAUCUUCAGAACCACAGAAGAAUUCACACAGGAGAAAAACCUCAUUGCUGUCCAGAAUGUGGUAAGUCGUUCUCAUGGAGAAGUCAUCUUCAGAACCACAGAAUAAUCCACAUAGGAGAAAAACCUCAUUGCUGUCCAGAAUGUGGCAAGUCAUUCUCAUUGAGAAGCAAUCUACAGAGACACAUGAGAAUUCACUCUGGAGAGAAACCUUCUUGCUGUCCAGAAUGUGGCAAACGAUUCUCAUGUCAAAGUGCGCUUAGGUGCCACAGAAUGAUUCACACUGGAGAGAAGCAAUACACCUGUUCUGAAUGUGGUAAAGGGUACUCUUCCAGAAGAAGUUUUCGAAGACACACACAAAGUCAUUUUGGAGUAAAGCCUGUCCCAGAAUUGAAAAAUGAUUUUUCCAUUGGUCUUCAACCAAAUAAAAUGAAAGAAAAAUCUGAAUGAGGUAAUGGACUCCUGGAUAAAGUAGUUAAAAAGUACAUAAGAAUAGUGGAGAAAACACUGAAGGUGGCAAACAGAUCGUAGAUGUAAGGUAACCUCAGAGCCACAUGUGAAUUCACAUUAGAAUACAACACAUAUUUCACAAACAGCAAGAAUCUUCUUCAACAACUUCGAGGUGCAAGAAAAAAACCUCAUUGUUGUCCUAAAUGUGGUUAGUGCUUUUCAGACAGCCAUGGCCUUCAUUGUCAUAAAUGACUGUCUUACUUGUGGUAAGCCUCUUAGCUGUUCUGAGUGUUGAAAGUUGUCUUCCUGUAUCAGCCGUCAUCAGCAACACGUAAGAUUUAAUGAAAGACUCAAACUGUACUGCCAGUACAUCAGCCAUACAGGGACUGAUUAUCUCUGCACCAGCGCUGUGACAUAAGAUGGUGAACAAUACAAACACCAGACAACAGAAUGAGGGAGCAACAGUACUGUGUGGUGAUAACAACUUCAACCACAGAACACAACUGAAAGUUCAAUGCAAUAAUAAAAAAAUGGAGAAAUCAAAUCAAAUCCACAGUGCAGUGCCAACUACCAGGCGAUGCCACUGACAACAAGGGGAAAAUUUUUGUUUCGGAGCUUUGGAGAUGGGGCCUUAUCUGAGUAGCAAUGAACUUGUACCGUCUCUGGGAUGUCAUCUGAUGGCUGACGCCUGGGCUGAGUGCAGACAGCCGUUCUUAACUCUGAUAAUGAAGAAGUCAUUUAGUAACGUCAGCUGACAGCCAAUGCUGUCCAAUCAGAUACUGGGGAGGGACAGUCGAGGAGGACAGGAGACUAAAAAGAGAGCCGUCACAUGACAGACCAAUGUAGAGGGGCUUUAUAAGACUUUUACACUAAUUUAGGUUAUCAUUUAUAAAUGAUAAGAGUCUUUACAAACCAAACACAUUCAUCAGCUGUGUGUCAAGGGUGAGUCCAAAAGUGGGAAUUUAAGAAGAUCUAAAUACAAAUAAAAUGAAACAUUCAGGGUUCAAAAAGAAAUGUUUAAGACCUGAAGAGGGAGUCACAACAGUAUGCUAGGGUUAGCAUGGGGGACCACAAUUGUGAAGAAUAUCAAUUAAUGUAUAGAAGGAAUAUUAUUUAAAAUAAUGAUAAUAAUUUUAUGAGAAAUGGGACACCAUAAUGAAUGCAAAACACAAUGAAAAUGAAAUGAACUGAUUUUAUUGUCUGACAUAUAAGAGAAAAAGGGAAGACAAAGCAGAAACACACAGAGAUCUCUGCUGACCCAGCUGUUCAUUUGAUAAAUUAACCUAAAAAUAUAACGGAUGUCACUUUGCUCCAUGUCAGUAAAUCCUGGUGUGGUGUGUGAAGGACGCUCUAUACUCCGAAUGUGUUGGUUCAGGUUUCAGUUUGAGUUCAGCACCUUCUUCAUAUCGAUACCCAAGACAACGUUUCUUCACGUCAAGACUACAAGCUGGAGGCCACAUGAGCUCAAUAAACUCCAACAGCAGGAUGGACAAUUAGAAAGCUCUGCUCUGAGAGAGUGUCAGCUACACAAAGCUUCAGCUUCAUUUACUUGACAGAAAACUCCAAAAAGCAGAAGUGACCCCUUCUGUACCCCCACCACUGAAGGUCACAUUUAACCCCCUCACUACUCGGCGUUGGUUCACUCUACUUGGACAUUCUGUAUUUUGUAAGUUUGUUUCAUUUUUUGGCCACACACUUUUUACAUUUUAUUUCAUUGAUGUUCUCAAAUGUGUGAGUAUAGCUUGACUCUUACAAGGACUUCUCUAAAAAGGGUACAUUGGCCAUGAAUUGCAAGAAGGCAGAAAAAUAUAAAAAGUGUAAACCACAAAAUGAAGAGGUGACAUCGAUGAAAUACACUCAGUGGCAGAGGUGACGAGGACAAAAUCAGAAAGGACAGCACAGAAAAGGCAGGUAACAACUGAAAACAAAAGAAGAAAGCUGAUUGGUGGAAAGAACUGUCAGUCACUCCUGAGUGGACCGUUGAGGACAGCCGUGGCAUGCAGACUUCACAGUUCAUGUGUUUUUGAUUUCAAAUCUGUGACCAUGCACUGAAUAAGUCUGUUAUUUAUCAGUUAGCAUGUUCUGAAACUGUAAUGUCAUCACAAAGAUCACACAAACAUGUAAUGUGACAUUUGUGAUCAAUCAUUGUUGUUGAUUUUGAUGGCACCAUUCAUCAGCCCUGUAUAGAGUGCCAGUUCCA